GACGCCAACUUGGCCGGAAACAACACCGCAACGCUCCAUUUCCAAAUGAUAUUUUCUGCAUUUGAUAUACAUCUGAAAUGGCCAAGGUACAUGAUGAAAACACGCAGCAGUGGACACCCACGAAUACUCGCAGUCCUACGUCAUCCAAGUCUACCAUCAGAGUCUUUCAUCUACGCCAGAUAGUUAGAGACAGAGGACAGAGACAUGCAUGGCUCAGGCCAAGGUUCUCUCAUGCUCGCAGACCAUGCGAAGAGUCCGUAGCCCUCAGAACUGCAUUCCGCAGCUUGAAGAGCCAUCAUCCGGCAACCAAUUUCACGUUCUCCGAUGUAACGAUUAAAUGCAGCAACUCCAUGUCAUCGGACACCGAAUGAAAUAGCGUCCGGUGAGGUGGACGCGGUGAUGGGCUUAGAUGCCUUGCUUUUCUCACAUACCUCUCAAUGGGUUAGACUACCAAUACACAGAAAGAUUUACA